ACUAAUAUUACGUAACCUUAUUAUGUCAUUAUAACUUGGUUACUUUACUCAUUGUUAUAUAUAUGAAAAAGUAUUAAUAUAUAUUUAUAUAAUUCACAACUCAUUGUUAUAACAUCCCAAAAAAAAAAACAUAUUUCAAAAAUGAAAACCACAGAGAUGUUAGUGAACCCUACUCAUCACUCAAACUCAUCUCAAAUCCUCUACCGACGGCCGCCACUGCGAAAAACUUUUGUUCACGGCCUAGAUGGCGCAACGUCGUCGUUUCGAAUACUCUCACUACCAAAACGACACAAAAAUAAUCGUCGUAUAACAUGCCCUACUUCUACCAUAAGAGCGAUUAGUAGCUCACCGAGUAUUACUGAUAAUUUUCAAGAAGAAGAAGAAAAAAGAGAAUCAGAGAUUGAAGAAGAAACUAUCGCCGUUAAGGCGGUGGUUACCGUACAACCAACGGUCACCGGUUUCUUCAAAAGCCUUGGGUUAGACCGUGGUCUUGAUGAUAUACAAGAUUUGCUUGGUAAAACAUUCCUCUUGGAGCUUGUUAGUGCAGACCUUGAUCCUAAGACGGGAGAAGAGAAGGAGACAGUUGAAGGAUAUGCACAUAAAAUUGGAAAAAAAGAAGAUGGAAUAAAAUAUGAGGCAAGCUUUAAAGUUCCCAUUAAAUUUGGGCAUAUUGGAGCUAUUUUAGUAGAGAAUGAACACCAUAAAGAGAUGUAUGUAUCGGACAUAGUCCUUGAUGGCUUAUCCAAUGGUCCCUUAAAUAUCAUAUGUGGUUCUUGGGUUCAUUCCAAGUUUAACAAUCCUGAAAAGAGAAUAUUCUUUACCUCCAAGUCAUAUUUGCCGUCUCAAACCCCAAGCGGGUUGAGAAGACUGAGAGACGAAGAGCUUGUGAAAUUGAGAGGUAACGGAGAAGGAGAACGAAAACAUAUUGAUAGAAUAUAUGAUUAUGAUGUGUACAAUGAUAUCGGUGACCCUGAUCGAAAGUUUAAGCUCAGUAGACCGGUGCUCGGUGGUGAAGAACGCCCUUAUCCCCGUCGAUGUAGGACUGGACGUCCACCUUGUGAAUCAGAUACAUUGGCUGAGAAAAGGAGUGGAAGAUUUUAUGUACCAAGGGAUGAGUGCUUCUCAGAGAUAAAACAAUUAACAUUUUCAGCAAAAACAUUAUACUCAGUAUUACAUGCAUUGUCACCUUCCUUGGCCAAUGUCAUGGCUGAUAAAGACCUUGGAUUUCCUUACCUCACAGCCAUUGAUGCCCUUUUUAGCAAAGGAGUUGAUUUGCCUACCAUCGGCACCGAAGGCUUUCUUCGGAAAGUCAUGCCACGUGUUGUCAAGACUAUGGACUCUGGCAAAGACGUCUUGCGUUUCGAGCCACCUGAAACUAUUAACAGGGAUAAGCUCUUUUGGUUUAGGGAUGAAGAGUUUGCUAGGCAAACCCUAGCUGGGCUCAACCCUUGCAGCAUCCGAUUGAUCACAGAAUGGCCAAUUAAGAGCAAACUUGACCCUGUGAUUUAUGGUCCACAAGAAUCAUCAAUCACUGAAGAGAUGAUAAAUCAAGAAAUUGGAGGCAUCAUGAAAGUUGAUGAGGCCAUAAAACAGAAGAAGUUGUUUAUAUUAGACUACCAUGAUUUGUUAUUACCAUUUGUUCACCAAGUUAGAGAGCUUAAAGGAACAACUUUAUAUGGAUCAAGGACAGUCUUUUUCCUAAACCCAGAUGGAACUUUGAGGCCAUUAGCCAUCGAGUUAACUCGGCCACCACAUUUGGAUUCGCCUCGUUGGAACCAAGUUUUCUCACCUUGUUGGCAUUCAACGGGAGUUUGGCUAUGGAGACUGGCUAAAGUUCAUGUCCUUGCCCAUGAUUCUGGCUAUCAUCAACUUGUUUGUCAUUGGUUGAAAACACAUUCUAUAACAGAGCCAUAUGUUAUUGCUACAAAUAGACAACUUAGUAUAAUGCAUCCAGUACAUAGGUUGUUACAUCCUCAUUUUCGAUAUACAAUGGAGAUUAAUGCGCUUGCUCGAGAAGCGCUUAUCAAUGCUGAUGGUACCAUUGAAACGGCAUUUUCACCCGGAAAAUAUUCUGUAGAGCUUAGUUCUGUUGCAUAUGAUAAGGAAUGGAGAUUCGAUUUACAAGCAUUGCCGGCCGAUCUUAUUGAUAGGGGAAUGGCUGUUGAGGAUCCAAAUUCUCCACAUGGUCUAAAGCUCACAAUUGAAGAUUACCCUUAUGCAAAUGAUGGAUUAAUAAUGUGGGAUUCCAUCAAAGAAUGGGUGACUGAUUACAUCAAUCAUUACUACCCAAAAGCUAGUCUUGUUGAGUCAGAUCAAGAGCUCCAAGCAUGGUGGACAGAAAUUCGAACAGUAGGGCAUGCUGACAAGAAAGACGAGCCAUGGUGGCCUGUCCUUAACACACCGAAAGACCUUAUAGAGAUACUCACAACGAUGUUGUGGGUAACCUCUGGUUACCAUGCAGCUGUUAACUUUGGUCAAUACACUUAUGGCGGUUACUUCCCUAACCGACCUACAAUUGCAAGAACUAAAAUGCCAACAGAAGAUCCCGACGAGGAGGAAUGGAAAUCGUUUGUUAAGAAACCUGAAUCCGCUCUUUUGAAAUGUUUUCCUUCACAACUUCAAGCAACUAGGGUUAUGGCCGUUUUAGACAUUUUGUCGAAUCAUUCUCCGGAUGAGGAGUAUCUUGGAGAGAAGAUGGAAAAGGCAUGGGCUGAUGAUCCUGUUAUAAAAGCGGCUUUUGAACGUUUCAAUGGGAGAUUGAAAGUGUUGGAGGGAAUUAUUGACGAGAAAAAUGAAAACCCUAAUUUGAGAAACAGAAAUGGAGCUGGGAUUAUUCCUUAUGAACUCUUAAAACCUUUCUCAACUCCUGGUGUUACAGGCAAAGGUGUUCCAUAUAGUAUUUCUAUAUGAAGAUAAAUAUUUUCAUGUAAUAAUAAUGUUUGUGUAAAAUAAUUAAAUAGUUAGAAGAAGGUACUUAAAACAUUAAAGAGAAUACAUAUUGAACUUUUUAAAUGACUUUUGAUAGUUAGACUAAAAUUAUAUAACUUGGAAUUAAAUAAAUAUUCUUUUGUAUCUUCA